UUUCCUGAGCAACAGUUUUCUGGCCAAUCACAUUUGUCAAAGCUUUGGAGUUUCAUCGCUUACAACUUGAAAACAUUUUCUUACCACAAAACAUAGGGACGAACUCAAUCAACUGAAUCAACCAUGACUUUGGCCCCCGGCACUUAUCCAUCUAUCUGCUCUUCGUCGCCAUUACAACCUCUGUUCUUAACCAAGCAUGUUGUAUUCAGCAAGAAGUGCUCAUUUUCGAGCACUUUUUCAGCGUCUUUCUGCAGUUGCAAGAAGCAAAAGCCGUCAGUUUUGGUCGUCAAAGCAACGGAAGCUGAGUCCCAAACAACAAAUCAGGAGAUGGAAAGACUUGAAGAGCAGUACGAGGAGUAUGAGGUAGAGAUUGAGCAGCCUUAUGGGCUGAAAUUCAGAAAAGGCAGAGAUGGUGGAACUUACGUUGAUGCUAUUCUGCCUGGUGGAGCAGCUGAUAAGGCUGGGGUUUUCACUGUUGGAGACAAAGUACUUGCCACCAGUGCAGUGUUUGGGACAGAAAUAUGGCCUGCCGCUGAAUAUGGGAGGACAAUGUACACCAUCCGCCAGAGAAUUGGUCCACUGCUUAUGAAAAUGCAGAAGAGAUAUGGGAAAGUUGAUGAUGGAGGUGAAUUGACAGAGAAGGAGAUUAUUAGAGCUGAGAGGAACUCUGGAGUAAUUAGUAACAGAGUGAGGGAAAUCCAAAUGCAAAACUAUUUAAGGAAAAAGGAACAAAAAGAACGCAGAGCAAUGGAUCUUCGUGAAGGGUUGCAACUAUACAGGAGCGGCAAAUAUGAGCAAGCACUGGAGAAAUUUGAGUCUGUAUUGGGAUCAAAGCCAGAGCCUGAUGAAGCAUCAGUAGUGAGUUACAAUGUGGCAUGUUCUUAUUCAAAGCUUAAUCAGAUUCAAGCUGGGCUGUCAGCACUUGAAAAUGCCUUGCAGGCAGGAUUUGAAGACUUUAAGAGAAUCCGGACAGAUCCUGACCUAGCCAAUUUAAAAACUUCAGAGGAGUUUGAGCCUUUGCUUAAAAGGUUUGAUGAAUCAUUUAUCAAUGAGAGUGCCAUUAAUGCCAUUAAAUCCUUAUUUGGCAUGUUCAACAAGAAAUAAAGCCGUGAAUUCACCUCAGGAACUUCAGGAGUUAUAUGAUUUGAGUUCAACGUUGCCUACUAGCAUCAAAGAAGUUAAGAAUCUCCCCAACCAUCCAUGGAAAAGAAGUUACCCUUGUAUAAUUUUGCUCACAGCAUUAUGUAGUCUCUUAUUUGAGUUUUGUCCAUCUUAAUCCGAACAAAGCUGAAAACUAAAUAUUGGUUAGAUAGGGCUUUCAUACAUAA